UCGCGGCCAUCCCGCGCAAAUUGAAAGGUCUGGUUGUCGGUGCACAGCUGCGUCCCUGCGCUCCUGCCCCUUGAGUUCCCCGCAGCCGCCUAGCGUGCUCCGGCCCAGGCGAGUGGGGGCCGUGGGGAUAGGCUUCUGAGCCCUCAACGGGCUGCCCUCGGACGGACGGCGGGGGACCUCCUCGGGAAGCGAGCGGAGCGGGCUGUGCAGAGCACGAGGCCAAAGGAACGUGUCUCCUGGAAAGGGCUUGUGGGCCGCCCUGCCAAUCCCUGUGAGACGGGAUGGAGCGGUGACAUUGUGCUGUCACUACUACUUGGUGCUGCGGGCGGUCUCCUGAGGAUGCUUUGUGCCUAAGGCCCCCCAUCGUUCUCAUUGUGCUGAAGAGGAAACAUUUAUUCGAGAAUAUUUACCUAACUUAGAAAAAAAUUUAACUUGGCACUAUGGGGAUACAAGGAUUACUGCAAUUUAUCAAAGAAGCUUCUGAACCUGUCCACAUGAGGAAGUAUAAAGGGCAGGUAGUAGCUGUGGAUACAUACUGCUGGCUUCACAAAGGAGCUGUUGCUUGUGCUGAAAAACUAGCCAAAGGUGAACCUACCGAUAAGUAUGUAGGAUUUUGUAUGAAAUUUGUAAAUAUGUUACUAUCUCAUGGGAUCAAGCCUAUCCUGGUAUUUGAUGGAUGUACUUUACCUUCUAAAAAGGAAGUGGAGAAGUCUAGAAGAGAAAGAAGACAAGCCAACCUUCUUAAGGGAAAGCAGCUUCUUCGUGAGGGGAAGGUCUCAGAAGCCAGAGAAUGUUUCACCCGUUCUAUCAAUAUCACACACGCUAUGGCCCACAACGUAAUUAAGGCUGCUCGGUCUCAGGGAGUAGAUUGUCUUGUGGCCCCAUAUGAAGCAGAUGCACAGUUGGCCUAUCUUAACAAGGCUGGUAUUGUACAAGCUGUAAUCACAGAAGACUCUGACCUCCUUGCUUUUGGCUGUAAAAAGGUUAUUUUAAAAAUGGACCAAUUUGGAAAUGGACUAGAAGUUGAUCAGGCUCGGCUAGGAAUGUGCAAACAGCUUGGGGAUGUGUUCACAGAAGAGAAGUUCCGUUAUAUGUGCAUUCUUUCAGGCUGUGACUAUCUCUCAUCGCUGCGUGGGAUUGGAUUAGCCAAGGCCUGCAAAGUACUAAGACUAGCCAACAAUCCAGAUAUUUUAAAGGUUAUCAAGAAAAUUGGACAUUAUCUCAAGAUGAAUAUAAUAGUACCAGAAGAUUACAUCAAAGGAUUUAUUCGGGCCAAUAAUACCUUCCUCUAUCAGCUAGUUUUUGAUCCCAUCAAAAGGAAACUCAUCCCUUUGAAUGCCUAUGAAGAUGACAUUGAUCCUGAAACACUAAGCUAUGCUGGGCGAUAUGUUGAUGAUUCUAUAGCUCUUCAAAUCGCACUUGGAAAUAAAGAUAUAAAUACUUUCGAACAGAUUGAUGACUACAAUCCAGACACUGCCGUGCCUGCCCAAUCAAGAAGUCAUAGUUGGACUGACAAAACAUGUCAAAAGUCAUCUAAUAUUAAUAGCAUUUGGCAUAAGAACUAUUGCCCUAGACUUGAGCUGGACAUUGUUUCAGAUGCUACAAAGGUGAAGGAAAAUCCAAGUACUGUGGGCAUUGAACUAGUGAUUAGUACUAAAGGGUUAAAUCUUCCAAGGAAGUCAUCCAUUGCAAAAAGACCAAGAAGUGAAGAGCUAUCAGAAGAUGAUCUAUUGGGUCAAUAUUCUACUUCCUUUACAAAGAAGAUCAAGAAAAAUAGUUGUGAAGGUAAUAAAUUAUUGAACUCUUCUGAACGGUUUAUGCCUGACCUGGUAGAUGGACCUACUAUUAAAAAAAGCUUAAGCACACCACCUAGGACAAGAAACAAAUUUGCAACAUUUUUACAGAGAAAAAAUGAAGAAAGUGGUGCAGUUGUGGUUCCAGGAACCAGAAGCAGGUUUUUUUCCAAUUCUCUGGAUUCUGCUGACUGUAUAUCAAAGAAAGCAAGCAGCCAGUCUCUAGAUGAAACUGCUGUCACAGAUAAAGAAACCAAUGUAAAUGAAUCAGAUUGUCUAGAUGGCAAGAAGUUGUUAGAUAUCAGUGUAGCACAUAAUUCAAGUGAGCAUAUUCCAGAUGAUGUGACUGUGAUUGCUGAAGAGUCUCAGUCUUUUAAGACCAGCAGAUUCACGAGGACCAUCUCACCACCCACCUUGGGUACACUAAGAAGUUGUUUCAGUUGGUCUGGAAGUCUUGGAGAUUUUUCAAGAACACCAAGCCCCUCUCCAAGCACAGCAUUGCAGCAGUUCCUUAGAAAGAGUGAUUCUCCCAUCUCUCUGCCUGAGAAUAAUGAGCCGUCUGAUGUAUCUCAGUUAAAGAGUGAUGAGUCAAGUGAUGAAUCUCAUCCCUUACAUGAAGUGGAUUGGUCUUCACAGUCUCAGGAAAGCAUGGACUUAUCACCACACAAUUUAAAUGCAUCAAAACUUUCUCAGCCUUCUAGUGAGGAUUUAGAUUCAGAGGUUCCUGGGCUGUAUAAAUCUAGUUCUGUGGACAAUCUUUCUACAACCAAGAUCAAACCUUUAGUACCUGCCAGAGUCAGUGGGCUGAGCAAGAAGCCAUCAAGCAUCCAUAAGAGAAAUCAUCAUAAUGCCGAGAACAAGCCAGGAUUGCAGAUAAAAAUCAAUGAACUCUGGAAAAAUUUUGUAUUUAAAAAAGAUUCUGAAAAGCUUCCUUCUUGUAAGAAGCCAGAUCCCCUGUCUCCAGUCAAAGAUAACAUCCAACUAACUCCAGAAGAAGAGGAUAUAUUUAACAAUUCUGACUGUAUGCGUGUUCAGAGAGCAAUAUUCCAAUAAACACAGGCAGCUGGGAGGCUAUUGCCUGCAAGAGAAUCUCUAUCAAUUUCAUGUCCUGUUUGAGAAUGAAGCAGUUAUCAGUAUGAAAGAUUUGUUCUUAGAUCUAUGCUAUUUAUUUUUAAAUAGGGUACAUUUUGUAUAUUAACUAUGUAACUUUUUGUUCAGCUUUUUAUAUUUUCAUAAGAAACUAACUAGAGAAAUAAUUUUGGUUUUGAUAGGUUUUUGAAGUUUUAAUGUUAAUUGAGCAAGUCCCUUGGAACUUACAAAAAUCUACUCUAAAGAUUUCUGUAAUGUUGUCAAGUACAAGGAUGGUAAAUGGAAAACCACAAUUCUGUGGUCAUUUUAUACUAGAGGAAAUUACUGUGUUUCUUCAAGCUAUAGUUUUUUCACCUGCCUUUCCUGUCUUUCAGGGUUGAAUUGGAAAUACAGUUGCUGGGAUGGGAGGGGUAGUUGGAAGGGUUAAAGAUCAUUGCAUAAAUGGGGCAGUGCUCUGUUUUCCCUGAAGAGUUUGGUUGGGUUACAGAUUGACAGUAAAAGAAAAUUGGUUUCAGCAUCAUAUGAAAGGAACUACUUCUUAUAUAAUUAAUAUUCUUAAACUUCAAAAUAACCUGUUUCUCUUAUAUGUCUUUUUUGAAGUGUGGGCUAAAAAUUCCUUAACGUAUAUUUAAAACUAGUGUCCUAGGUGCAAUGUAAAAUACUAAAGCUGCAGAAUCUGUGAUGUGUACAUACUCUUCAAAGAAAUAGAUUCUUGGAAAGAAAACCAGCUAUGCAAGUGAAGAUCUGAAGUAAGGAAGUGAAGUAAGUGACAAUCUGACAGGAAGUAAAGGAAUUGUAAAAGUGUCUGAGAUAUAGAGGAUAAAGGAAAGGGAUCCAGAGCAUUUUAAUUUUUAAAUGAGACUUAGUAGAGGAGGUCAGAGUGGAACAAAAAACAUAACAUUGUAAGAAACAGCAUAAAAAUGUUAAAAGACAAAAAUUAAAAAAAGAAAAAUCUGGAAAAGACCAAAUACAAAGAACAAAAGCAAAUUUGAACUUUCUGUGAAUGUUUCCUGUUAUAGAACAAAUUAAGAAAGGGAAGAUGGCAGCAGUGCUGCAGUUUGUCAAUCUCCGAACCGCUGCAUAACAGCAACUGGAUAGCAAAGUCAAAAUACUAAUGAACAACAUUACAACAAAUUUAGAUGGCAUCAUAUACUUAAAUCCUGAAAUAUAAGUGGGUGAAGACAAGCUACCAAAAGCCACAAGACCACAAAGUGGUACUGGCAUCUAUCUGGGAGAAGUAGAGGAUGGCAAUAGGGCAUCUAAUGGACCUGAGAACAGAACUUAUAUAGAAUGAUUGUUGAAACACAUAGCAGACCAAGUUGCAAACAGCCAUUUGAAACUGGGAGAGGCUUUGAGCAUUCCAGUGGUGAGUGAGUGCAGGAGACCUGCAGUUAUGUCUGAAGGAAUGAAGCAAUG